AUGAAGGAAAUGAAUAUGGAAAACAAUGUUUCAGUGAUGGAGUUUAUUCUAAUGGGGCUGACAGACCAACCUGAGUUACAACUACCCCUGUUUUUCUUGUUCUUCAUUAACAAUGUAGUCACUGUUGUGGGAAAUUUGAGCUUAAUUUACCUGAUUUGCCUGAAUUUGCACCUUCACACACCCAUGUACUUUUUUCUCUUCAAUUUGUCCUUCAUUGAUUUAUGUUACUCAUUUGUCUGUACUCCCAAAUUGCUGAUGGGGUUUGUUUUAGAGAGGAACAUCAUUUCUUUUACAGGGUGUAUGAUUCAGCUGUUCUUCUUCUGCUUUUUUGUCAACUCGGAGUGCUAUGUGCUGACAGCUAUGGCCUAUGAUCGCUAUGUGGCCAUCUGUCAGCCCCUUCUGUACAUGGCCAUCAUGUCCCCUAGAACCUGUUCUCUGCUGAUAUUUGGUUCAUACAUGAUGGGGUUUGCUGGUGCCAUGCUCCACACCGGGUGUAUGAUCAGGCUCAUCUUUUGUGAUUCCAACAUCAUCAACCACUACAUGUGUGACAUCUUCCCCCUCCUUCAGCUCUCCUGCAGCAGCAUCUAUCUCAAUGAGCUUGUGAGUUCUGUUGUUGUGGGCACAGUUAUCAUUAUUUCCAGCCUCAUUAUUUUUAUCUCAUAUGCUUUGAUACUCUUUAAUAUCAGUCAUGUGUCAUCAGCUAGGGGUUCCUCCAAAGCCAUCAGCACCUGUGGUUCUCACAUAAUCACUGUUGGACUAUUCUAUGGAUCUGGGGUACUCACUUAUGUCAGGCCAUCAUCUGCUGGCUCAGUGGGCCAGGGAAAGUUUUUCUCAGUGUGUUAUACAUCUGUGGUGCCUAUGCUGAACCCCCUCAUUUAUAGCCUCAGAAAUAAGGAUGUCAAACUUGCUCUGAAGAGAGCCCUAAAGAGAAACACAAGCUGA